AUGGUCAUGGUAAAGCUAGACCACAUGCAGCAAAGUGUUCUGCAAGGACAGAUCGAAUUGGCCAAGAAGCGGGAAGAGGCUGCCCAAAGCCAAAAUUACAGCGAUAAGAGCCUGGUCGACCUUAAGAGGGCCGUGCAGAACAAUCUCGAUUCGAUGCGUCGAUUGGAGGAUGAAGUUGCGCAAAUAAUUACGCGUCUUACAACGAAGAUCAAUCCUUCUUUAUAUACACCCUAUCGCUCGUGCAAUGACAUUCGGAACGCACAGUCUGGGGCAUAUAUUAUCCAGGCGUACGUUGAAAGCAACCCUUUUAUGGCAUACUGUCACCGCGAUAUGAUGGGUAUAGGCAUCUGGUUGGUGAUACAGCACCGAUUCGACGGAUCGCUAAACUUCGAUCGCAACUGGAAAGAGUAUCGGGAUGGUUUCGGUAACAUUGAGAAGGAGUUCUGGAUCGGACUGGAACGACUGCAUCAGCUGACAUCGUUGCGACCCCAUGAACUGAUGGUUGAGCUAAGAAACAUUAACGGUACUUAUACAUAUGCACUCUACACAGCAUUCGAGAUCGGCAGUGAAACCGAACAAUACAAUCUGAAAACACUUGGAGCGUACAACGGAACUGCAGGCGAUUCUCUGUCAAUUCACAAGAAUAUGAAAUUCACGACGUAUGAUCGUGAUAAUGACAUAUCGGAGAGAACAAAUUGUGCUGCAUAUCAUAAGGGUGCCUGGUGGUACAACGACUGCCUUCCCUCCAAUUUGUACGGGGGAUACAUAGAUAUAGACAAAACUAAGUUGAACAACUGGAACUCAUUCACUAGAGGAGAACUGGCCUUUUCAAGAAUGAUGAUACGACCAAAAGAAUAA